AUGUCCAGUCUGAAGGGCCUCUCGAACGUAACACUGCUGAAGCUCGAUGUGGUUGAACCGGCUGAUAUCAGGGCUGCUGUCGAGGCAGUCACCAGUUCGACUGGCGGCACUCUCAACUAUCUCAUCAGUAACGCCGGACGCAACCACUUCAUGCCCAUCCUAAAUGAGGACCUUGAGAGAGUCAAGCAACUCUUCGAGAUCAACUUCUUUGGCCCCAUCGCUCUGACUCAAGCUUUUGCCCCGUUGCUUAUCAAAGCGAAGGGUAUGGCGGUGUACGUGACCUCGAUCUCUGGAUAUCUCAACAUCCCGUACAUGGGAACCUAUUCGGCCUCUAAGAAGUCGAUAGAGAUCGUGGCUGACACUCUCCGACUUGAGCUGGCUCCUUUCGGAGUCGACGUGCUUGAAGUUGUUACAGGCGGGGUCAAAACCAUGGGUCAGACGUCAUUCGGAAACUUCGAGCUCCCAGCGAACUCGCUGUACAAGAUUAUCGAGGAUACGAUUGCUGGUCGGGCACGGGGUCUUGAUGGCAUGCCCAAAAUGGACACACUGGAGUAUGCCGCAGCCGUUGUUGAUCAGAUUACGCAACGGGCCACGGGUCGUUUCUGGUAUGGCCAAAACGUCGAGGGUGUGAAGAUGAGCACAACAGCGGUAGCAGUGCCACAGUCCGCGAUGGAUGCUGGAGCUGUCAUGGGAACUGGACUUGAUGCAUUGGCGAAAUAA